CCCAGCGCCGGGAGGGGCGGGUCGGGGCGCGGCCGCCGAGCGGCGAGCGCGGCCGAGCGGCGGGGCCGAGCCCGAGGAAGAGGAAGUCCGAGCCGGGGCGGCGGUGCAGGGCGCUCGGCGGGCGCCGGAGCCGGCGCAGCGCAGCGCAGCGCAGCCGCACCUUCCCGGGCCGACGUGCGAGCGCGGCCCGCGCCGGGAGCCGCCUCUCCCCGGGGUCAUCUAUUGAGAACCUACUAUCCCUGGAAUGAUGCCUGAUGCUGCUCUAGGAAUAGCAGUGAAUACAAGAGCCACGGUCUCCAUAGUGAUAUGAUCAGUCAGCGGAGAGAAUCAGGGUGGAGACGGAUGUUAGCAGUUGGUGGGUGAAGACACUGGAAAGGCUUCAACCAGAAAAAUGUGCACCAGUUGCGCCUUGAAGUGCCAUCCGCUGUGACACAAGCUCCAGAUCCCAAAACCACAGCCAGGCCCCCUCGCUGCUCCCAGGACCUGAAAGCCAUGGAGCUUUCCGACAGCGACCGCCCGGUCAGCUUUGGCUCCACGUCAUCCUCGGCCUCCUCCCGGGACAGCCAUGGUUCCUUUGGCAGCAGAAUGACCUUAGUUUCAAACAGCCACUUGGGCUUGUUUCCCCAGGAUAAGGAAGCAGGGGCCAUAAAGCUAGAGCUGAUGCCAGCCAGGCCGUUUUCCAGCAGCGAGCUGCCGAGGGACGGGGCAGCCGGGCAACAGAGCACGGACCAGGGCAGCGAGAGUCAGCCCUGGGCCCAGCACAGGGUGGAAACCAACGGGGCGACCAAAACGGGGGCAGAAUCAGCCACCAGCCCCAAGCUGCUCUAUGUGGACAGAGUUGUGCAGGAGAUUCUGGAGACCGAAAGGACUUACGUGCAAGAUUUAAAAAGCAUCGUAGAGGAUUACCUUGACUGCAUCAGGGACCAAACGAAACUUCCUCUGGGGGCAGAAGAAAGAUCAGCCCUUUUUGGAAACAUACAGGAUAUCUACCACUUUAAUAGUGAACUUCUGCAAGACUUGGAAAACUGUGAAAAUGAUCCUGUGGCCAUAGCAGAAUGCUUUGUGUCCAAGAGCGAAGAGUUCCACAUUUACACCCAGUAUUGCACUAACUAUCCGAGAUCCGUGGCUGUGCUAACAGAGUGCAUGAGGAACAAGAUGCUGGCCAAAUUCUUCAGGGAACGUCAGGAAACUUUGAAACACUCACUGCCUCUGGGGUCCUAUCUCUUGAAACCAGUUCAGCGGAUUCUCAAGUAUCAUCUCCUUUUGCAUGAAAUAGAAAAUCACCUUGACAAGGACACAGAAGGCUACGAUGUGGUGCUUGAUGCUAUAGACACGAUGCAGCGAGUAGCCUGGCACAUCAACGACAUGAAGCGGAAGCAUGAACACGCCGUCCGGUUACAGGAGAUACAGAGUUUGCUCACCAACUGGAAGGGGCCAGACCUGACCAGCUACGGGGAGCUAGUUCUCGAGGGGACCUUCCGCCUCCAGAGGGCCAAGAAUGAGCGGACGCUCUUCCUCUUUGACAAGCUGCUUCUCAUCACCAAGAAGAGAGACGACACGUUUACGUACAAAGCUCACAUCCUGUGCGGCAACCUCAUGCUGGUGGAAGUGAUCCCGAAGGAGCCCCUCAGCUUCAGCGUCUUCCACUACCAGAACCCCAAGCUGCAGCACACCGUUCAGGCGAAGUCGCAGCAAGACAAACGCCUGUGGGUUCUGCACCUGAAGAGGCUGAUCCUGGAGAAUCAUGCGGCGAAGAUUCCAGCUAAGGCCAAGCAAGCAAUACUUGAAAUGGAUGCCAUUCAUUACCCAGGCUUCUGUUACAGUCCUGAGGGAGAGACAAAAGCCUUUUGUGGCUCUAAAGAUGGCUCUGCUCCAUAUCGGCUAAGAAGAAAAUCUGAACCUUCCUCAAGAUCGCACAAAGUUUUGAAGACCAGCGAAACAGCACAAGACAUCCAAAAGGUUUCCAGAGAGGAAGGGUCUCCCCAGCUGACUUCAGCAGGGCCAUCUCCCGCCCAGAGGAACAGUCAGCCGAGCAGUUCUGCCAUCAUCAGCGUGCUUCGCGGGGGCGGGGCCAUCAGAAACAUCUGGACGGACCACCAGAUCCGGCAAGCCUUGUUUCCCAGACGGUCUCCGCAGGAGAACGAGGAGGACGAAGAUGAUUAUCAGAUGUUCCUGCCAUCCUUCUCCUCUUCAGACCUGAACUCUGCCCGACUGUGUGAAGAUAGCACUUCCAGUCGACCUUGCAGUUGGCACGUGGGACAGGUCGAGUCCUCGGAGACCCCCAGCUCUGGCCACAGGGUUGUGCGGCGGGCCAGCAGUGCUGGCGAGAGCAACACGUGUCCCCCUGACAUAAGAACUAGGGACGGUGACAGCUCUCAGUACAGCUCCCGAAGGGAACUGCAGGAUGACCCUAAAACAGAGGGGCGGGGCGGGCUGACUCCCUUCGGGUCCUCUAUAGAGUUGACCAUUGAUGACAUAGACCAUGUCUAUGAUAACAUAAGUUAUGAGGACUUGAAACUGAUGGUGGCUAAACGGGAAGAAGCUGAAGCCCCUCCCCCCAAAUCAGCCAGGGACUCUGCUCGCCCCAAGAGCACCCCGGAGCUGGCCUUCUCAAAGAGGCCAGCGGGCCCAGAGAAGAGCCCUCUGCACCCCCAGAGAGAUGGUGUGCCCCCCGGCCGGGAGGCAUGGAACCAAAGCUCACGCGAACUCCAGGUGGUGGAGGAGAACGUGUACGACACCAUCGGGCUCCCAGAUGCGCCCUCCCAGGACUUCAAGUGCAGCAGCCUGAAGCGGCCCAAGAGGAGCACCUUCCUGGGCCUGGAGGCCGACCUGGGGUGCUGUGACAGUCUGAGGGCCUCUGUUUCCCAGGACAGCCUCCAGGUCAGCGAGGACGAGGCGCCCUACCCCCCGGGACCCUCCGACAACGAUUAUCUGAGUUUGUUCUAUAACUCCUUCGGCUGCAACUUGUCCAUAGCUGAUCGGUCCAUCUCCGAUAAACUGUCUGAAGAAGUAGACGAAAUCUGGAAUGACCUGGAAAAUUACAUCAAGAAAAACGAAGUCAAAGCCAGAGACCGGCUCCUGGCGGCGUUUCCCGUCAGCAAAGACGACGUGCAGGAGCGGCCGCUGGGGGGCAGUGCCCCGGAGCUGGGCACGCGCUCCCCACAUUCCCUGCCCGCGGGCCGGGCUCUCCUCGUGCCGCCCAGAGACGGGCCGGGGCCGGUCUCCUGCACGCUUGACCUAACCCCGGCCUCCAAAGACGGCUCCUGCCAGAGUCUCCACCGGCUGUCGCUGGUCAGUGACCUGCCACCCGUGGAGAGUCCCUACGACGUGGCUGGCAGCAGCCUGUCCCCUGCAGACCUGGAGAACCCUGACCCCGGCGCGGACAACGCAGACAAGACCAGGAGCAGGGUUCUCCUGAUGGCCAGGCAGUACAGUCAGAAGAUCAAGAAGGCAAAUCAGCUGUUAAAGGUGAAAAGCCCGGAGCUGGAGCAGCCGCCUGGCAGCCAACUGCAGAAGCAGGUUCCCAGGGACCUGGCGGCCAUCCUAGAAGAAAAGAAGCAGGGCGGGCCCGCCAUCGGUGCCAGGAUUGCUGAGUAUUCCCAACUGUAUGACCAGAUCGUAUUCAGAGAGACCCCCUUUAAGACUCAGAAGGAUGGCUGGGCCAGCCCUCAAGACGCCUCCAACCUCAGCUUUGCAUCACCUUCCCACACCCAACACGGUAGCAAGGAUUGGCUUUUGCAUUCAACCUAUAGUAAUGGAGAGUUAGCAGAUUUCUGUCCCCAGCCAGAGCAAGACUUGAAGUCAAAAUAUCCCACUUUAGAGAUCAAUACAAAAAGUACCCCAAGACAACUGUCCGCAGCUUGCUCUGUGCCUUCUCUCCAAACCUCUGAGCCUCUGCUGGGCUCCAUGCAGAGACACAGCGUGGUGGUCAGCCAGCCCAACAAAGAGAACUCCUGUCAGGGCCAUCUUUACAACUCUCUGGGACGGAAAGGAAUCAGUGCUAAAUCUCAGCCUUAUAACAGGUCUCAGUCAUCUUCCUCCAUCCUGAUAAACAAGUCCGCGGACUCCAUCAACUACCCUAGUGAAAUGGGAAAGAAACAGCCACUGUCUUUACACAGAAGUUCAAGGUGGGAGAGUCACCAGGAUUUGGUGCCAGGUAUUGCUGACUCAGGUCAACAGGGCACUGAAAAACACUCAGAUCUCACACUCCAGGACUCACAGAAAGUUCUGGUAGUAAAUAGAAAUUUACCUUUAAGUGCCCAAAUAGCUACCCAGAACUAUUUUUCCAAUUUCAAAGAGACUGAAGGAGAUGAAGAUGACUAUGUGGAGAUCAAGUCAGAAGAAGAUGAGCCAAUAAGCGACAAACUUGGACCAUAUCUGACAUCAUACAAUGAUUCUGAUAAACUGAAUGACUAUCUCUGGAAGGGGCCAUCUCCCAAUCAGCAAAAUAUUGUCCAAUCUCUAAGGGAAAAAUUCCAGUGUCUUAGUUCAAGCAGCUUUGCCUAAGGUUCUUAAGAGUAGCUGCCUGAAUUAACUUCUUACUGUGCUCAUGAAUUAGAGAUACUGAGAGAUGUUUUGUAUGUACCAGAUUAGAACAGUUUUGUAAUAACCAGAGAUGUAAAGUAUACUUUCUUUAACAGCACAACUUUUUGAAACAGCUGGCGAUCCAGCCAGGAUUAUACUGUAGCAAAUGUUAGCAUCUAACACUGUGUUUUCUGAUGCUGAUGGUCUUCAUGUUUCAUGUAAGUCAAUCUUACUUGAAAAUUUUAGGCUUCUUUUUUUUUUUUUUUUUUUUAAACAUGAUGGCCAUGGUAUUUUUUCCCAUAUCCUGACAAUUAGUGCCCAGACUUUAAGAAAUGCAGUAAUCAUUUCCUAUUAUUCCAGAAGCCACAGGUAUACUAGGACUCAAAGGCAGCAAGGAGGACUUUUCACGUUUUUUAAAAAGAAAGGAAACUAAAGCUGUUUAAAGGAUUAUGCUUACCUCUGACAUUUUUGUUAAAUUUGUGACAAGACCCUAGAAUAACUUAAAUGAGGGAUCUCUAAUUGGAGUAUUGUCUUAGGUGCCCAUUUUAGGGUUUCCAUGCUGGCAUUCCUGCAUCUAGUUCAUUAUAAGGCAGAAAAUAUGUAACUAUUGGAAAUUAGAAUGUAUCAUGACCAGUUUUCUGUAAGCAAAUAUCCUUCCCUGUCUUCCUGAACAAGGCCUGGAGAAUGUGCUGCUCGUCACUUAUUUUACAUUUCAUGGGGUUAAAUGAAUGAUUCCCUUAAUGGUUUAAAACCAAGUGCAAGAAAAUGCAAAUUGACUUCUUAGAAAAGAUGGGUUGACAUCUGGGUACAAUUUGAUUAUCUCAUUAUAUGACAGUUGGGGAUGGGGAGAAGAUAGAAAGAACCCUUCACUAUUUUUUGUGCCUGUUUCUAAUCAACACAAAGUAAACCAUAAACUAAAAUAAAACAAAGCGCUUUAAAGCUACUCUUCCCAGAGCAGUUUUUCAGACGUCCUUUCAUGAAUUUUAUACUCAGCCAAAUGACCUGGUCCCAGCCUUGAGAAUUUUAUUGACUGCAGUGAAAUUUAUUUUCUAAUCCAGUCAUAAUAUGGGGGUCUUUUUUCAUUGUUUGGGGGCAUAUAGAAGAGCAGAAUCUUUGGUUACUAAAUUCUGACUAAUCACAUCUUUUAAGUUGUAAUUAUGGUCUUUAAAUAGUGGUUCAUUGUGAUAUUAUGUACUAAUACAACUCUUUAUGGAAGGAAACAAAAACAGAAGCAAGACCUUGUGAGUAAAACACAAAAUUAAAGAAGCUAAAGAGAAAAAUGAAGGCAGAUUUAUUGCCACUUUAUAAAAAUAUUUUAUUGAAGACUCCAAUCAAUGUAACAAGUAUGUUUUCUCAAACAGUGGCUUUCGCAGUCUCACUUUAAGCCAUUUUACAUUCUGUGGCCUCUUCCCCACUCUCUCAGUUUUCAUCUUAAAAGAUAUGAUAAUCUGUGUAGAGAAAGGGGAUAUGGGCUUUUCAUUUAAAGAUAAGCAACGAUACUGAUUUGAAUCAAUGACAUCUACCAUAAUUCUUUUUCUCUCUUUAAGUGCUAUGCCUCUUUUUCUUAAAAACAUAAAAUGUGACCAUCCUUAUUUUAUACACAGGUACCUAAGGCAUUCGUUUUCCUUUUUAAGUAACAAAAAAUAACCUAAGUUUCUUCUUUCUCCAUACCGUACUUUCUUCUUGUAGCUUAGAAAACAAAGUCCAUAUGGACGAGCAUUGUUCUGGAACCAUUCCUUCUUUCAUUGCCCUUCUUUAAACAUGAUAUGAGUUUUCAAGAAUAAGCAGUAUCAGAAAAGAGAAGCCCUGUAACUGAGUAUAGAUUCUCAGACUUGCUAGAGGUAUUUGUAAGGGCGUUUACAAAACAAAGUUACCUGACUUUUCUUGUCUCGGGAAUGCAGUUUCCCACUUCUCUGCUUUUUGGUUUGUAAGACCCAAAUUCUGUAUUAUCCAUAUUACUGUGGUGUCUUACUCUCAGAAAUUAUUAAUUCUCCACACCAAUGUCCUGUUGCACGACUUUGAUGUCACUUAUAGGAACACACCCCGCUGCACGGAGGCUGCUGUCAUACUGUAUAAAAUGUCUGUAUGGUUGUCUUUAGGUUCUAGGACAAAUCUGAAGUUCUAUACAUCCGUUCUGUCAGCCAGGAUACAGAUUUUGAGAUCUGUGUGUAUAUGUAUAUUCAAGUUCAUAUUUUCCCUCAAAGUUAUUCAAUGAGUGCUUUUGUUUAAAAUAGUUUCUUCGGGAGAUGGGGUAGGGAUGUAUAUAAUUGGGGGAAAAAAGUUAUAUGUACUUAAAUGGAUGUCAAGUUCUUACUAAGUCUCUGUACUGAAGGUUCAAUUUUUUUUUAUAAGUUCACUUUUCACCUACUCUAUUCUUUGUGCAAAAAAAACCCCAGAAAAACAAACAAAAAACCAUGCAUCUAGGAAAACAUAAAUACUGUAUAUAUGAUAAUGAAAGUUAGUAAUGCUCAUUAUUUAAUAAAGUUUGU